GAUACACGUAUAUUGCAGAGAGAGGGUGAGAAAGAGGUUCUUUCUCUGGUCAUUCAUCUUCUCUCAUUUCAAUCUCCUUGUCUUGGUCUAAUUUGGGGUUCCUUCCUUUCAUAUUCUUUUGGGAUCGGAAGGAACAAAGCGAGAGAAAAGAUUUGAGAUACGAAGAACAGAGGCCAUAUAUCGGGGAGGAUGAAUAUGGCCUCAGUUGUAUACUGCUCCUCCUCUUAGAUCUUAGUUGUUUCUUUCAAUCGGUUGUUUUCCCAUCUGUAAUUAGAUAUCAGCAUUUUCUUCAUUUUUGAUUGACCCUUUUCAAUCCUAGUUAGUUUUUCUAUUUUGUUUCCUUAUUGUCUCUGUAAUUUCCCCAUCCCCUAGAUCCCUUUAUUUCCAUUUGGAUUGAUCUGAUAUCAUUAAGAUUGAAUCAACAUCAUCCCAAUUCUGCAAAGGAAGAUGCAAUCUGAUCUUGGUAAGCUGUUCAUUGGUGGGAUAUCUUGGGACACCAAUGAAGAUAGCCUGAAGGAUUAUUUUAGCGGUUUCGGAGAGGUUUUAGAGGCUGUAAUCAUGAAAGAUCGAAACACGGGUCGUGCUCGUGGUUUCGGUUUCAUCGUUUUCUCCGAUCCUGUUGUUGUCGAAAGGGUAAUCAAUGAGAAACACAUCAUAGAUGGUAGAAUGGUUGAGGCGAAAAAGGCGGUUCCAAGAGAGGACCAUCAAAACACCAUGAUGAUGAGCAGGAGCAGCAACAGCAGCAGCAUUCAUGGUUCUCCUUUGCAACAAGGAGGAAGGACCAGAAAGAUUUUUGUUGGUGGUUUAGCAUCUUCAGUAACCGAGGCUGAGUUCAAGAUAUAUUUCGAGCAAUAUGGAACCAUAACCGAUGUGGUUGUGAUGUAUGAUCACAACACACAUCGUCCAAGAGGAUUUGGAUUCAUUACCUUCGAUUCAGAGGAUGCAGUUGACAAAGUAUUGCUUAAGACCUUUCACGAGCUGAAUGGAAAAGUUGUUGAAGUCAAACGUGCUGUUCCUAAGGAGCUUUCGCCCGGAGGGGGUCCUCUUGCUAGUAGGGGCAGUCCUCUAAGCGGGUAUAGCUACUUCAAUCAACUGAAUAGGAUCAAUAGUUUCCUAGAUGGGUAUAAUAAUCAAGGAUUCUCUCCUAGUAGUGGGGCUAUUGGCUAUGGUUUGAGGAUGGAUGAUGGUAGGUUUAGUCCAAUUGGUGCUGGCCGAAGUGGAUUUGGUCCCUUUGGCUCAAUGAACUUUGAAUCGGGAUUGAAUGCAAGUAAUUUUGGAGGAAAUGCUACUAGCCUGAUCAAUAGUAAUAGCUAUGGAAGGGGAGGAGGAAUGAACCAUCCUUACUUUAAUAGUAAUAACAAUAAUAGGUUUGCUAAUCCCAUUGGCUAUGAUGGAGGAAGCGGGGGAAGCUCUUCCUUCUUUAGCUCGGCUUCGAGGAAUUUGUGGGGUGGUAAUAGUAACAAUAAUAGUGGCGGGCUUAAUUAUGGAGCAAACUCGAGCGGGUACUUGGGAAAUGGAAGUGGGAUGAUUGGGGGCAAUCUUGGCAAUAGUGGGAUUAAUUGGGAUUCUAAUUCUCACCUUACAAACCAAAAUGGAGGAAACAUAUUGGGUCAUGUUGGGAAUCUUGAUUAUGGCCUUCGAGGAGGAGGAGCAGGAGGAGGAGGUUAUGAUAGGAUCUCUUCUUCAGGUACUACAAUUGGAGAUCCAAUGUCGAAUGCUGGUUAUGAUGGGGCUUUUUCAGACUUGUAUAAUAGUAGUAGCUCAGUUUAUGGUGAUCCUACUUGGAAUUCAUCUAACCUCGAAAGGGAGGGAUCAGGUUCUUUUGAUUAUGAGCUGGGAAAUGGAGGUGGAAGAUCUGAUGUUCAAACUAAGGGCUCUCAUGGGUUUGUUGGUGGUGGUUAUAGUGUUGCGAAGACACAAUCAAACAGAGGAUGAUUUACCUGUCUAGGAAGGAGAUGAUAAAAAACCGCGAGGAAGGUUAAAUAGGUGAAGAAGUGUAGAGUGUGUGUGUAGCUGGUGAAGUGUGAAAUUUGCACACUCCCCCUAAUCAACAAAAACUGUCUCAAAGUGGUGAAAGAUGUCUGAAAUUCUUUAUCUUUAUUAUUAUUAUCUAGAGCUAACCGGAUUUUGGAAGAAGAAGAGAAAGAAAAAGAGAGGUUUUACUAAAUACAUUACAGAAAGAUUAUUAUGUUUUAAGGAUUGAGUUUCAUUUUGUGUUUUUUUAUUUUUAUUUUUCUUGUUUUGAGUGAGAUUUAAAAUCAGAUUGCAGAGGUAUUAUGAUGAUGAAGAACAUGGGUGAUGCACAAGAAGGAUAGACUAUGAUUCUUUCUUUCUUUAUUUAUGGGUUUUUAGUGUUAUAUAGACUGAAUUAUGUUUGCGUUUUAUCGGUUAAAACUCAUUCGAACCCAAUACUCUUAAUAUGAGUUUUGCUUCUCCUCGAUUUGUACCAAAAACUGUUGUUUAUUUACUAGUGUGAAAAUAUAUAUAUGAACAUUUUAUAUUAUGUGUUA